AUGACGACCACCAACGGCAACACCAACGCCAGCACCGCCGUGCCGAACCCCGGCCUGAGCCUCGAGCUCAAGGGCAAGAUCGCGUUCGUGACCGGCGGCGGGCGCGGCAUCGGGCUGGCGAUCACGCAGCAGCUUGCGAAGGCCGGCGCAACUGUCGUGAUUACGUGGAACUCGCGCGACGCGACCCCCGUCGCGGAACAGGUGGCCGCCGAAACCGGCUCGACGGUGCUCGCGUACCACUGUCCCGGGGAGCAGAGCGCCGUGGUGAACGAGGUCGUCGACCGCGUCUCGCGCGAGGUCGGCGAGGUCGACUUUGUCGUGUGCAAUGCCGGCGUGUGCAAGCACCAGGACACGGUGGACAUGACUGAUGACGACCUCGCCUUCGUCAUGCAGAACAACCUCUUCGCGCCGCUGUACCUUUCGCGCGCGUUCGUGCGCCACUGGCUCGGCCUCAAGACGGCCGUUAGCCAGCAGUCAAGCUACCCACCCCGGCCAGAGUACCGGACCCUCGACAAGAAGAUCAUCUUCAUCUCGAGCAUUAGCGGGGUUGUGAGCAUGACCCCGCAGAACCAGGUGUCGUAUAAUUCGAGCAAGGCGGGGUUGACUAUGGCCGCCAAGUCUCUGGCCGGCGAGUGGGCUCAGUAUGGAAUCGCCGUUAACGCCCUUUCCCCGGGCUAUGUCUCUACCGACAUGACAUCUUGCGACCCUGCGUGGAUGCAAAAGUGGAGCGACAUGACCCCCUUUGGACGGUUCGCGCAGCCCGCCGAGCUGGGCAACAUGGUCGUGUUGAUGUGUUCUGGGCUCGCGAGCCGGUUCUUGACGGGCCAUGACUUGGUGAUGGACGGGGGCUACACUGUUUACUAG